AUGCAGUUUAUCCCACUUCUCGUCUCUACCUUCUUCCUCUUCAUCAGCUUCUCCUUAUCGCUAACUCCCGAUGGUUUAUCUCUUCUCGCUCUCAAAUCCGCCGUUGAUAACGACCCGACCCAUGUAAUGGCUUCCUGGUCCGAGUCCGACCCGACUCCAUGUCACUGGCCUGGAAUCGUCUGCACUCGCGGCCGAGUCACCUCCCUCAUACUCUCCGGAAGAAGGCUCUCGGGUUACAUCCCCUCCGAACUCGGUCUACUCGACUCGCUCGUAAGGCUCCAACUCGCUCGCAACAACUUCUCUAAACCCGUUCCCGCUCGUCUCUUCAACGCCGUCAAUCUCCGUUACAUCGAUCUCUCUCACAACUCAAUCUCCGGCCCAAUUCCGGCCCAAAUCCGAUCCUUAAAGAAUCUCACUCACCUCGAUUUCUCAUCCAAUCUCCUCAACGGCUCACUCCCUGACUCACUCACCCAACUCGGAAGCCUAACAGGGACACUCAAUCUCUCUUACAACCGAUUCUCCGGCGAAAUUCCGCCGUCGUAUGGCCGAUUCCCGGUUUUCGUCAGCUUAGAUUUCAGCCACAAUAAUUUAACCGGAAAAAUACCUCAGAUUGGCUCUCUGUUAAACCAAGGACCCACCGCGUUCGCCGGAAACUCCGAUCUCUGUGGCUUUCCGUUAGAGGAGCCGUGUAAAGACGAAAACGCAAACCCGAAGCUAGUCGCUCCUAAACCGGAAGGCUCGCAAGUACUCCAGAGAAAGCCAAACCCGAGUUUCAUCGACAAUGACGGAAGAAAUGAUAAGCCGAUCACCGGAUCAGCGACGGUUUCCCUUAUAUCCGGAGUCUCCGUCGUAAUCGGAGCUGUUUCUCUCUCCGUCUGGCUCAUCCGGAGAAACCGGAGCUCCGUCGAAUCCAAAUCGAAGAAGUCCACGACGGAGGCGAUGGAGCUUGGUGCGGAGGAGGAGGAGGAGGAAGGUAAGUUCGUGGCGAUGGACGAAGGAUUCGAGCUGGAGCUCGAGGAUUUGCUGAGAGCAUCGGCUUACGUCGUGGGAAAGAGCAGAAGCGGGAUCGUGUACAGAGUAGUGGCCGGGAUGGGAUCGGGUACAGUUGCAGCGGCGACGUUUGUUUCAACCACCGUCGUUGCUGUUAGAAGGCUCAGCGACGGAGACGCCACGUGGCGGAGGAAGGAUUUCGAGAAUGAGGUGGAGGCAAUCGGGAGGGUGCAGCAUCCGAACAUCGUACGGCUGAGAGCUUAUUACUAUGCUGCGGACGAGAGGCUCUUGAUCACUGAUUACAUUCGCAAUGGAAGCUUGUUCUCUGCUUUACACGGAGGACAUUCAAGGACUCUGCCUUCACUCACUUGGCCAGAAAGGUUACUUAUAGCUCAAGGAACUGCUCGAGGGUUAAUGUGUAUACACGAGUACAGUCCGAGAAAGUACGUCCAUGGCAACCUAAAAUCAACAAAAAUCCUGCUCGAUGACGAACUACAGCCUCGCAUCUCAGGCUUUGGUCUCACACGUUUAGUCUCCGGUUAUUCAAAACUCACCGGCUCGGUUUCCACCAAAAGGCAAAGCUUAGACCAAACCUAUUUAGCCUCUUCUACAACGGUUACAAGAAUCACAGCUCCCUCGGUUGCUUACCUUGCACCCGAGGCUCGAGCUACUUCUGGUUGCAAAUUAUCACAGAAGUGCGAUGUUUAUUCGUUUGGGGUUGUCUUAAUGGAGUUGUUGACUGGUCGGUUGCCCAAUGCUUCCUCUGAGAACAAUGGCGAAGAGCUCGUGCGUUUUGUGAGGAAUUGGGUCAAGGAAGACAAACCGGUGGCUGAGAUUUUAGACGCGGAGAUUGGAAACAAAGGUUACGCAGAAAAACAAGUCAUUGCAGCUAUUCAUGUUGCUUUGAACUGCACGGAGACGGAUCCAGAGGUUCGUCCAAGGAUGAGAUCAGUCUCUGAGAGUCUAGGCCGAAUCAAAUCGGACCGAGAGUAA